CGCCUCUUCGAGAUCAUCCCCGGCGUCCCCGCUAUAAAAAACCCCCGCCGCUUCCGCCGGAGCUUGUACUCGCCGAAGUCGACCCAGCUCGUGUGAGCCUCUACUUUUCCAAACCAAGUUAGAUACGGACUGAGUGCUAAAGCGCGCGCGCGCUCUUCUGGUGGUAGUCGUAGCAGUGGCUGCAACGUCCCCGUCUUUUUCGCGAGCACCUGUACCUCCGGUGCAUAACUGCACCCAGAGCUGUGGUGGUGGUUGAGGCUUAAGAGGGAGAAGAGGAGGGUGGUCUGGUUGACUGGUGUCCAUGGGGGUGCAAACAACAUCGAUGAGCUGGUACAUGGGCCCGCCGGGGUCGCCGGCGCCGGGGAGCGCCGCGGAGGCGCGGCACGCGCUGAGCAGUAGCCCCGGGGGCAGCGACGCCAGCUUCGACACCAACAUGGUCAUCAUCCUCGCCGCGCUCCUCUUCGCGCUCCUCUUCGCGCUCGGGCUCAACUCGCUGGCCCGCUGCCUCAUCCGCUGGGCGCGCCGCUCGUCGGCGGGGGAGGACGGUGCCCACGGCGGCGGCGGUCUCAAGAAGCGCGCGCUCCGGAGAAUCCCUAUCGAGGUGUACGGCGCGUGUGGCGCCGACGGGGCCGCUGCCAUCGCCGCCGACGUCUGCGCUAUCUGCCUCGGCGAGUUCGCAGACGGCGAGAAGGUGCGCGUCCUGCCGCGCUGCGGCCACGGCUUCCACGUCCGCUGCGUCGACACCUGGCUCGUCUCGCACGACACCUGCCCCACGUGCCGCGGUUCCGUGCUCGACGGCGCAGCAUCCGCCACCUCCGCCGCUGCCGCCGGGGAGAGCCUGCGGCCGGGGAGCGAGGCUGCCAUCACCGUGGUCAUCGGAUGACGUGGACAGGCGGGGCCCCCACGUCUAUUGGUGGUAGGCCACAGCCCACAGGGAAGCAGGAUUGUCCGUGGCCGUGAGAUAUUUUCCGACGUCGGUGCACGAGAGACCGACGAGGGUGGGCCCACUUGUCUGUGUAGUUGCCUAGGUCGCAGUCAAGCAAAGAUUGUAGGGCCCGUUUUAUGGAUUGCAGGGUCUUCCAUUAUCCA